ACAUAUGCUUCAUGUGAAAUAACCAUUCUGAGCAUUAUGGCAUAUGAUAGGUAUGUUGCUGUGUGUCAUCCUUUACACUAUCACAGAAAAAUUACCUUGAAAACUGUCUAUAUGUUGGUCUUUUUUGCUUGGGUCUGCCCUGCCUGUAACCUUACUGUAAUCAUUAACAUGAUUGUCAGGCUUCCUCUAUGUGGCAACAAUAUACAGAAGAUAUACUGUGCCAGCUGGAAUAUUGUAAAAUUAUCAUGUGAUACCACUGCGGUUAACAAUAUUGUUGCAAUGUUAGGUGCCAUAACUAUGGCCUUCCUUCCCUUUGGUUUUAUCUUGUACACUUAUCUAAGAAUUGUGGUUACUUGUUGGAAAAAGUCAUCAGAAGUCAGGGGGAAAGUAUUACAGAGUUGUCUUCCACAUGUUAUUUCAUUUGUGAUUUAUUCCAUCACAUCUUUUUGUGAUACUGCCCUGAGCCGAGGAAAUCUUGAAGAGAUAAAUCCAUUAGUUGCAGUAAUUUUGUCACUAGAAUUUGUUAUCCUUCCCCCAAUUCUGAAUCCUCUUGUGUAUGGCCUUAAACUACCAGAAAUUAGAAGACAUAUUUUCAAGAUAUUAUACUUUAAACUCCAAACUAAAAAGAACUCAUGUCACAUAUUACUUAGUCUACACUGA